AAAAGUAUUAAAUGUAAAACGUGAUCAGCCAUCCGUACAUAUACGUAACUGCUCUGGCGUUCUGGAACUCCCUUUGCAGAAUCCGAGUCCGAUCCUCCAUCUCUUUCUGCGUCUCUACUUAUACAUAUCCGGAAUCUCAACAGGAAAAAGAUCAAAAAACAAAUAAAAUAAAGCAGAGGGUUGGAGACGGGACUCACCAUGGGGUUGAUCACUCUCUCACCGUGUGCCAGCUCCGCUGUUCUCCAUUCUCACCCUCGCUUACCUUCUGAUCUACUUUGCUCUUACCCUCGCUGCCCCCCCAGAUCACCUCUGCCUCUCCCUACUUCUCUCUCCAAACGAUUCUCUUUACAACUUUACCGCCGCCCUUCCGCACUCCAAGGGCCCGCCGUCGGCUUCACCAACUCCGUGCCGCCUGGAAGUGAAACAUACACAGUAGGUGAUUUUAUGACAAGGAAGGAGAAUUUACAUGUUGUGAAACCAACAACAAGUGUUGAUGAAGCAUUGGAGGCUCUCGUGGAGAAGAGAAUAACUGGCUUUCCAGUGAUUGAUGAUGACUGGAAAUUGGUUGGUGUCGUUUCAGACUAUGACUUGUUAGCACUCGAUUCAAUAUCAGGUGGCAGUCAAAGUGACACAAGUGUGUUUCCUGAUGUCAAUAGUUCAUGGAAAACAUUCAAUGAGAUACAUAACCUACUAAAUAAAACUAAUGGCAAGGUUGUCGGCGACUUGAUGACACCUGCUCCACUUGUUGUUCACGAAUCCACCAAUCUGGAAGAUGCUGCUAGGUUGUUGCUUGAAACAAAAUUCCGCCGAUUGCCUGUGGUAGAUGGUGAUGGUAAGCUGGUUGGAAUAAUAACCAGGGGAAAUGUUGUUAGAGCUGCUCUUCAGAUAAAACAUGCCGGCGAAAAGUCGGCUUAGUUGAGAAGACUACUGUUGGAACUACUUUGCUGGUGCAGUCUUUGAAUCGCAUUGAUGCAUCGUUCUUUUGGCGUCACUGUGGUGCUCUCUUAUUAUGGGUUCGUUUGGAGGGGGCUUUAUAAUUUUGUUUGUCCCAGUUAUUUGCUGCCCUAGUACAGCAUUUAGAUUUUUUUUUUUUUUAAGUGACUGAUUGAUUUCUUCUUCUGUUAUACACUGGGGGGUAUAGGUAGCUUGCGCCUGUAAUUAUCAGUUUAUGUUCUUUGUUAUAUAAAUUGAGAAAGAUUGGCUAGAGGAUUGGAUUUGACUUGGUGCAGCCUAAGCUGACAUUGUGGUCAGUAUUUUGAUGUAAUUUAUAUUCAAACAGUCAAACUCUUGUGAAAGUAUAAAUAUUUGUUAAGCCCAUAACAUUAUAAAUUGAA